CAGCAACGCAUGCGCAUAUGUAAUAGCCAUGGCCGCAGGAGACUUUUUCGAGCAGCUACCUGCUGAGCUCCUUCUAAUAUGGCACACUCUUCGCAUCCCACUCCUGCUCUCCGCCGCGGCCCUCAUUGCCGUUGCCAGAUACGUCCGGCAUAGAAGCACCGCAAUAAAGAUUGUAAAGAUUGAAUCCCCAACGGAGGAGAAGAAAAUCGAAUUGAGGCCGGAAUGGCUACCAGAGAAUACCACUUUGCUGCCCGGACAACAAAUCGCCACCUCACUUUCCAAAUCCUCCAAACCUAAGAAAGUCCCCAAGAUUGUGCGAGGCCAGAAGAAAUCACCUACCAGAGCGCAGCAGAAGACGGCACCGGUGUUCAAUCAUACUACGGAUAAGAUUCAACCACUCGUCUUCUUCCAGUCGCUAUCCGGGACCACGGAGCGGUAUGCCUCGCAGCUUGCCAAAACCCUGAACGACUGGAUCGCCGACGCCAAACCAGGCGCAUCUAUCCUCGAGCCCCAAGUGCACGACAUUUCCUACAUUGAAUACGACGAUUAUUUCGUCAGCCCACCCAAGUCCGAAGACGGCACCAUCAAGUACUUCUACCUCAUUCUCCUCCCGAGCUACAACAUCGACACGGUGCUGCAGAACUUCCUGGACAAUCUGCAGGAGACGCAUAAUGACUUCAGGAUCGAUACCGCGCCUCUGAGUGGCCUACUCGGAUACUCGGUGUUUGGGUUUGGGGACAAGGAGGGCUGGCCGACGGAAGAGGAGGGAUUCUGCAGUCAGGCCAGAGAGGUCGAUAAGUGGAUGGCUCGAUUGACGGGGAGGAAGAGAGCUUAUCCGCUUGGCAUGGGAGAUGUCAAGGGAGACGCAGAUGCCCGUUUAGAAGAGUGGAGGACUGGCGUCCAGGAAGCUCUUCUUGAAAUCGCCGCAGGACGCGGUCUGGGCGAAGGCGUUCCGGGCAGCGGAGACGCCGUCGAAAGCGACGAAGAAGAUCUCGACUCCGCCGAAGGCAGCGACGUCGAACCCGUCCCCAACAAACCCCAGAAACCCAAAAAGAACACCCAACGCGUCGACGACCUCGAAGACCUCGGCCGGAUGAUGAACUCCACUUCCACCUCGCCCGCCUCCUCCACCUCCUCCCCCAUCCCCAUCGACUUCACCACCUACACCUCCACCCCGUCCAAACCCACCACCUCAACACUCCCUCUCAAAGAAAUGGUCCCCACCUCCUCCCCCACCCACAAAGCCCUCACAAAGCAAGGCUACACAAUCAUCGGCUCGCACUCGGGCGUCAAAAUCUGCCGCUGGACCAAAUCCGCCCUGCGCGGCCGCGGCUCCUGCUACAAAUACUCCUUCUACGGCAUCCAAUCCCACCUGUGCAUGGAAGCCACGCCCUCCCUCUCCUGCUCCAACAAGUGCGUCUUCUGCUGGCGCCACGGCACCAACCCCGUAGGCACGACCUGGCGCUGGGUGACCGACCCGCCGGAAAUGAUCUUCGACGGCAUCACCGCCGCGCACUAUAGGAAAAUCAAAACCAUGAAAGGCGUCCCGGGGGUACGCGCCGAGCGCUUCGCAGAAGCCAUGCGCAUCCGACACUGCGCCCUCAGCCUCGUCGGCGAACCCAUCUUCUACCCGCACAUCAACGCCCUGAUCAACCUCAUGCACAGCCAGCGCAUCUCGACAUUCCUCGUCUGCAACGCCCAGCACCCCGCGCAAUUGCAGUCCUUGGUGCCCGUGACGCAGCUCUACGUCUCCAUCGACGCGUCGGACAAGGAGUCGCUGCGCAAAAUCGACCGCCCCCUCCACAGAGACUUCUGGGACCGCUUCAUCGCUUGCCUCGAUAUCCUGCGCCAGCGCCGCUUCGAGCAGCGCACCGUGUUUCGCCUCACGCUCGUCAAGGGGUUCAAUAUGGCGGAUGAGGUUAGGGGUUAUGCCGAUCUCGUGCAGCGCGCGCUGCCCGGGUUCGUCGAGGUCAAGGGCGUGACGUUUUGCGGGACCAGCACGGCGGGCAGCGCGGGCUUGACCAUGGCGAAUGUGCCCUUUUAUGAAGAGGUGGCCGAGUUUGUGAGGCAGCUGGCUGCGGAGCUGGGGAGGAGGGGGUUGCCGUAUGGCAUUGCGGCGGAGCAUGCGCAUUCUUGUUGUGUGUUGCUGGCUGAUGGCGAGAGGUUCAAGAGGAAUGGGAGGUGGGCAACUAGGAUUGAUUAUGAGAGGUUUUUCGAUUUGUAUGAGGGGAAGGUGCAGGGGAGUAGGAUGCAGGGUGGCAAGGUGGUCGGGUGGAGGCCCGAGGAUUAUAUAGGGGAUGAGACGCCCGAGUGGGCGUUGUGGGAGAAUGGCGGGUUUGAUCCGAGGGAUGUGAGGGUUUGGAGGAAGGGGAAGGGUCCGAAGGCUGUGAAGGAGCAGGGUGAGGCGGAGAAUGAGAGGGACAAGGCUGUUGCGGUGGAGAUAUAAUAGAGGAAAAGUGCUUGAAGUAUAUAUUGAAAGCGAGAAUA